AUGUUGAAGCUAAAUCCUUCCUCCACAGGUGAGACUGAGUGGACAAUCAACGGGCGAUGCACGGGCAAGUCAGAAAUCCCACUCACAGCAAAUGGUAUCAGCCAAGUUCAAGGGACUGGUGAGAUGCUUGUCGGAUCUGGAAAGCUCAUAGAUCCGUCGAAAAUCGCCCACGUCUUCUGUAGCCCACGCCAGCGCGCUCAGACCACGUUCGAUUUGUUGCUCGGGGACACACAGAAAGCCGAACUUGUGAAGGAAGGGAAGGUUACUAUCACUGAGGAUAUCGCGGAGUGGGAUUAUGGCGAAUACGAGGGCUUGAAGCCGCAUGAAAUUCGUUCGCAGAGGAAAGAAAAAGGGUUGGAUACCAGCGAGGCCUGGGAUAUCUGGAGAGAUGGGUGUGAGGGUGGAGAGUCCGCAGAUCAGGUCAGGGAGCGUCUAGACCGUCUUAUUCAAAUGAUACACGAUGUUCAGAAACCACACAUGAAUGGCGGCGCUGCUGCGGACGUCUUAAUAAUCGCUCAUGGCCAUAUCCUUCGUGCUUUUACAAAGAGAUGGCUGAAAUACCCAAUGGAAUUUCCUUUCACUAUGAUGAUGGAGCCAGGCGCCAUUGGAAUCAUGAGUUAUGCGCAUCAUAACAUCUCUAAGCCGGCGAUAUUGGUUGGUAUGGGAUUCCCCCAGAAAGCUUAA